GCAGCACAUGUCCGGGAAAUUUAACGCUGCUUGAGACUUCCCAGUUGAUCCAGUAAAGUAGACACAGCACUGAGCUGCUGCAGUUUCAGUUUGUCAGUUUCCACGCUCGCUCUGGGACUCCAGCUCCACUGAUAGUGUUCAGUCAUUAAUCAUCUCUGGGGGGUGGCUGAUUCCGAAAGGAAGAUCCCACAGUUCACCUCAGAAAGAACCCAGGACAGAUGAAUUCGAAAGAAGCUGAGGAUUUUGAGUGCCCUAUCUGCAUGCAAGUACUGCACAAGCCGAUCAGAACCCAGUGCCAACAUGUCUUUUGCCAAGAAUGCCACGUUCAAAACUUCAACAUGAACAAUGGAAAAUGUCCUUUGUGCCGGAAUCCCACUUCUUCCAUGGAGCGACCAGCAACUGACAUUGAGACCUGGAUGAGAACAAUGAAAGCAAAUUGCAGAGGUUGUGACAUUGAGAUGUAUCUGAUCAACAUGAGGGCACACACUACAACCUGUGCAAAGUAUUUGGAGGAAUACGGUCCGAACUACAAUACAAGUGCGUUACCUCAGCCAACACCUGCCUCAUUCAGUGCCAUGGAACCAAACAGAUCUACAUUUACCUGUCCAUAUUGCCAACAAAUGGGUUAUGACAUGAAUGACCUCGUGCUGCACUGUUGCACAGAUCAUUAUCAUGACUAUCAGCAUGUGGUCUGUCCAAUUUGUGCAUCAAUGCCAUGGGGGGAUCCAAAUUAUCACAGCAGGAAUUUCAUUCAGCACCUGAGAGUCCGACACCAAUUCCAAUACCAAUACUUUGUGAAUUUUAAUCAGGAUGAAGAAUUGAUGCUGCAAGACACUAUGUGGAAUUCGUAUCAGGAUUUUUAUUAAAUCCCUUUUCAAGAAACAUUUCCUCCAGCAAAUCACUCACUCUCUUUCUAAAACAAAAAAGUCAUGCUUUUCAAAUCAGCUUUGUAAAAGUGAAUUCACAAGCAAGCUUUGAAGCUCAUCAUCCUGAACCCUGUUGAAAAUUGGUUUGGAGUUUUGUUUGCAGCAUCGUUGAAAGAAUCUUUCUGCCUGUUGAAGAAAAGUUGUCAAUCUCACAGCAAUAAUUCCUUAUGAUAGUCCGUAUUACUUGAGGUUUCCCUUUUGUGAAUGUUCAUAUUCAGUUGUAAACCUUCAAUGUAUCAUGACAAUAAUCCAUACAUUAUAGCACUUUUUCCUUAUUUUUUUGUGGGAUGGUGGCGUCUUUGCCAAGGACAGUGUGUGUUUCCCAUCCCUAAUUGCCUCUAGAAUGGAUUGGCUGGACGGGCCAUUUCAGACAGCAGUUAAGAGUCAGACAUAUCGCUGUGGGUCUGGAGUCACAUGUAGACCAGACCAGGAAACGAUGGCAGAUUUCCUUCCCUAAAAGAGAUUAAUGUGCCAGAUUUUUUUUAAAACUACAAUUGACCACCAUUUCAUGGUCACCGUUACUGACACCAGCAUUCAAUUCAGGAUUUGAAUUAAAUCAUUUGGAUUGCCAAUUGAUUUAAGUGCCAGUGGGGAAGGUUUGAACAUGUGUCCCCAGAACAAUAACCUGGGAUUCUGGAUUGCUACACACUGGCAUACAAACAAGGCGUUUUGAUCCUGUUAUGGAAUUCAGUAAGACCAUUGUCGAUCUGAUUUUAACCUCAGCUCUAUAUUCCUGGCAUCAUAAUGCCACUAUCACCAUGUGAAUUUUUGUAACUCUCUUUUCUUUCUCCAUCACUUUUUCGGAUUAGAUUGACCAUCCUGCCAUAUUGUUCUCCUUCCUCAGUGACUGACACAGUACUAUUCACGUGUUACUGUUACAUAUGUUCCAACACAGUCGUCAUAUCUUGCAAUGUCUGACUUUUCCCGCUGUGCAUAUGGCCAUCUUUGCUCCUAUCCCAUGAAUAGACAUCAGUGUAGAUGAGAUGAAACUUUUCCUGAACCUCUGUUCUCAACAAUAUUUGUCCCCCAACCAACAUCAUUAAAAUCAAAUCAUCUGGUCACUAUACAUUGAUGUUAGUGGGAUUUUCCUGAGCCUAAGUGUUGCAAUAUUGCAACACUU